GCAUUCUGACAACUAAACAGAUACAAGCAACAUGUUCUCUAAAUUGGUCGUACUCUGCGCAUUCGCAGCCGUGGCCUCAGCCGGUCUUGUGCCCGCUGCCGUGCACUACUCUCCAGCUGCAGCCGUCUCUUCUCAGAACAUCGUCCGCCAUGACCAGCACCAGGCUAAGCUGGCCUAUGCCGCUCCCGUCGCCAAGUUCGCCGUAGCCGCUCCCGCUGUGUACCACGCCGCCCCCGCCUCCGUGUAUCACGCCGCCCCCGCUGCCGUGUACCAAGCAGCUCCCGCCCCAGUGUACCACGCUGCCCCUGCCCCCGUCGCUUACCACGCCGCUCCCGUGCACUAUGCUGCCCCCGUCGCUAAGGUCCUCGCUCAACCUGAGGAGUUCGCUCACCCCAAAUACGAGUUCUCUUACGCCGUCUCCGACCCCCACACCGGUGACGACAAGCAACAGCAGGAGGUCCGUGACGGCGAUGUUGUGAAGGGCUCCUACUCGUUCCACGAAGCCGACGGCUCUAUCAGGACCGUGGAGUACUCCGCCGACGACCACAGCGGCUUCAACGCGGUCGUGCACAACACCGCGCCCACCGCCGCCCCCGUCGUCUACAAGCAAGCCGCCGCUCCUCUCCUCCUCAAGGCUCCCGCCUACGCUGCCGCUCCCGCUCACCAAUACUACCACUAUAUAGUCAAUAAUAUGUCAUUUUAUUUUCAGUUGGUCGUACUCUGCGCAUUCGCAGCCGUGGCCUCAGCCGGCCUUGUGCCCGCUGCCGUGCACUACUCUCCAGCUGCAGCCGUCUCUUCUCAGAACAUCGUCCGCCAUGACCAGCACCAGGCUAAGCUGGCCUAUGCCGCUCCCGUCGCCAAGUUCGCCGUAGCCGCUCCCGCUGUGUACCACGCCGCCCCCUCCUCCGUGUACCACGCCGCCCCCGCUGCCGUGUACCAAGCCGCUCCUGCCCCAGUGUACCACGCUGCCCCCGUCCCUGUCGCCUACCACGCCGCUCCCGUGCACUAUGCCGCCCCCGUCGCUAAGGUCCUCGCUCAACCUGAGGAAUUCGCUCACCCCAAAUACGAGUUCUCUUACGCCGUCUCCGACCCCCACACCGGUGACGACAAGCAACAGCAGGAGGUCCGCGACGGCGAUGUUGUGAAGGGCUCCUACUCGUUCCACGAAGCCGACGGCUCCAUCAGGACCGUGGAGUACUCCGCCGACGACCACAGCGGCUUCAACGCGGUCGUGCACAACACCGCGCCCACCGCCGCCCCCGUCGUCUACAAGCAAGCGGCCGCUCCUCUCCUCCUCAAGGCUCCCGUCUACGCUGCCGCUCCCGCUCACCAAUACUACCACUAACUGAUACAUUGUUGUAAUACUAUUUAUUGAA